GUGUUGUAUUAACAAACAUUUUAAUUAAUGCAACUGGAUAGAGAACCAGUCACAAAAGUAUCUGUGAACUAUUUUAUUUGGAAGUGUUUCGUCAAAUACAGGGAUAAAUAACGUGAAGUGGAAUUCAUGUGCGUAUUAUUAAAUCUUAUAAUUUAAACUUAUUUGUAUAUUACUCGUUUUGUUCGGAUAUUUGGCGCACGGGACGGUUACAACCAUCAUUGGUUCGACGCGGGGUCAACACUGGGGCUUCGAUUUCAGGCGGAAAAACAAACAAUUACAGAGAUGGAAAACUCACUGGCAUCGUGGUUGGAGGCUAUAUUUAUUCCUGCCAUCACAGGAUUUGGCCUGAUUGGGAAUACACUCACUUUCAUUAUGCUUACUCGCAAGCCUCCGCGCCCCAGAUGGAUAGCCCCUAUUAUGCGUUAUAGGGCAUCGAGACCGCAACCUCCGAGUUCUCCACUGGAUAAUCCUCCUUUUACUGAAUCGGAUACUCAGUCCUCUUCAUCGCAGCGUCCAUCAACCAAACAGGGACAUUCGUCUUCCGUAUUUAAUAUAUCGUCUUCUCCAUCGCGGAAUGCUUCGCCUCCUGCACAAUUAACAGCUUCAUCCAGCGACAAAAAUCAUUCGCCCGCCUCCCAACCGUCGUCCUCAACACCAAAAGAUGCUACAUAUCUUCCACCAUUGACAACUCGUUUUCUUCUUAAGGCCCUUGCCAUUGUUGACUCUUUAAUUCUUCUUUGGCCGUGCUUUAUCCAAUGGACUGUACGCUUAAGCAGUGGUUCAAGUAUUUUCGAUCGAUCGGAUGCAUUCUGCAAAAUAGGAACAUUCUUCAAUUAUUUUCUCUUGCAGCUGUCUCCAUGGUUGCUAGUUCUUGUGACAAUAGACCGUGUUUAUAAUAUAGCGUUUCCAACAUUUAGUCUGAAAACCCCGUUAACACAAACACAUGUGAAACGUUUGUUUAUAGUGACUAUAUUGAUUUUGGCCCUGCUUAAUUCAUACAUGUUGUUUGGUCUCAAUCUGCGAUUAGAAAAAGAAAUGAGCAAUACAUCAUAUGAAAAUGCAACGAAUGCAUCCAGCUCACAGUCAGACUGGGAGUGUUAUCCAAAGGACAGUUUUAAAUAUUUCGUGAUAAGUGUUUGGAGUUGGAUAGAUUUCGCAGUUGCAUUUGGAUUACCCUUUGUCAUCAUAGUACUUGGAAACGUACUUGUUCUCAGGCAAAUGAGGUCAAGUGAAAAGUUUAGGUCAAGAAAUGCUCGUGGCGGAAAUAUGACCCUUCCAGGAGCGGCUGAAAAUUGGGCAAAAGUGAGUGCUCUUCUUGGAGUUACGUUCAUUGUCCUUCUCAUGCCGUAUGUCGUAUACCAAAUCGGUGGAUCGUACUGGUUCAAAAGUCAUCCCGGCCAGGAAAUAGAACAAACGUUUGACACUUUAAUAGUGUUGUUUCGUCUGCUCCUCUACACAAACAGUGCCAUCAAUUUUGUUUUGUACAUGCUUUUGGGUUCACCAAAACUUCGACAACAGUUCGUUAGACCGCUUCACGAUUGUAAAAAAAUGAUUUGCAAAUGUUUUUCAAGUAAUGAAUAACAGCAAUAAACUAUCAUAUUAUAAAGCAAAGAAAGUACUCAGAAAAGACCGAAUGUUUCGAUAGUAAGCAAACAGUCCUGAACAAUCUAUCAGGCUAAUAAUUUAAAAAAUUAUAACAAUUCAAAAUAGGUCAAACCUCCAAAAGGUACCUCCAUAUCAGGCGUAAUGCACAGUUAUUUUUACUAUACGUUUCAUAUAGACGUUAACCCGGAUUAAAAUUUUGAACAGUCCAAAUUUAAAAGCAAUCAACCUAGAACAAUCCAAGACACGAAAUUUAAUCCAAAGAAAACAUAACGUUGACUUUUGAAAUUUCUAUCAAAAUUUAGUAGAAAAAUAUUACCGUAAGGUUAUGAAAUAAUUCGGCUACAAACAAAAAAUGUACAGACUUCCACAUGCUAUUAUUUUUGCAGCUAUGCCGCUUUUUUCAAAUAGCUACAUGCUGUAAAAGCAGGCUGAUCAGGCUGAAAAUUCCGCAUUACUUAUUUCAUUUCGAGGCCAAGUAGGUUGAAGUUUUAUGUUAUAGUUGUUUUUGUUUAAAUUUUCAACGCCGGUGUUUGACUUCAAUAAAAGUUGAAUGCUUUUUGAAAUAAAUCAAUUACAAUGUACAAGAUAUGAACAAAUUCAAUGAAGAUAUCAUUCAACGCCUUUAUUUAAAGCCAAAUAAUCGCUUUUGAAAAAGUGAAUUGUAAAUCCUCCCAAUAAAGAGUUAUUGAAUUCUCCCAAAAGAAAACAUUGUCCAAAAGAUGCAUUGUUUGGGUUAUUAUGUUUAAGUGUUAAACACAUUUUAUACACACUUUGCUAACAUGGUAUAUAUAUGACCGAUAUUGAAGUUUAAAAAAAUUUCAGAUCGUGGUGCGGACGAAAAUUUCUUAGAAAAGUACCAAAAAGAGAAUCAUUUCACUGUGGUUCCGUAAAAUGUCGGAGAAUUUCUGGAUUUCAGGUCACGUGGCGAAAAAUGACAUAAAAUGGACAUAAAAAUGCUGGUAGAGUCUCUGCUAAUAUUCAAGCAAAUAUGCUAUACAAAUAGCAACACGCUGGACAUUCAGUAACUUUUAAAAAUAUGUUAAGUUCGAGUCAAAUACCAAUCAGUAUCCGCUGCAUGUUACUGUAUACGUACCCUGCAGUGUAAAUCAAUAAAAUGGUCCACUGUACGAAUGGCUUCAAUAUAUCAAUAAACAACUUUCGGCAAUUUCUAUGGCAUCUGCUAAAUGUAGACAAUAGGUAUGAUUUUCCAGUAUACUGUUCGUGAAACCUUUUUUGAUGUCGUUUUUAAUAACAUUUAUUGAGAACGGUUUUAUAUUUGUGUUUGUUUUAAUAUAUAAGGUUAAUCAAGUUUAACAACUAUUGAAAAUGCCUUUACAUGGAUAAAAUAAAAUGCCGACACACUUUCCUUGAUUCGGUGUGUUUUGUUAUGUUAUUUAGUUAGGUUUUUAAGACAGAAAUAGUUCAUGGAAAUCACUAACUGAGCGUGACAUGACGAGAUGACGUCGGUGUCACACUUAAACCAUUUAAAUAAGCAUGCUGAUAUUAUGUAUUAAGAAUGUAUUGUCAAAUGAUAUCAUGAACUUCCAAUUAUUGUCAGAUAGUAAAUCGAAAAGCUUUA